CAUUCCAAAACACAACAGUGUGGACACAAACACAAGACUUCAGUUUUACUACUUUUUUUUUACCUUUGCCUUUUUGAUUGUCGCUAUUUCGAUUCCAACACAAAAAAAAAGAAAAAAAGCAUCAAUCACUCUGUUUUAUAAUCCUCUCUAUACUCUUGAAUUUUGCUUCUCUUUUCAGCCAUGGCUAGUUUAAACGGCGUGAAUUGUGGUUUUUCUGCCGUAGACGACGACGACGUGAAGACCGGCGAUGAGUUUCCUUUCGAGAGGGUUUUCCCGGUUUACGCUAGAGGAACCCUUAUUCCCGUGGACGACCCGGUUUUGCUGGAUUUUAUCAAUUCUGGUUAUGACCCAAUUUGGGAUUCUUUAAGACAAGAAGCUAAGCUUGAGGCAGAAAAUGAGCCGGUUUUGAGUAGCUUCUUGUAUGCUAGUAUCUUGUCCCAUGACUGUUUAGAGCAAGCAUUGAGUUUUGUUCUAGCUAACCGUCUCCAAAACACUACCUUGUUAGCAACUCAACUCAUGGAUAUAUUUUGCAAUGUUAUGGUACAUGACAGAGGUAUUCAGAACUCGAUUCGUCUUGAUGUUCAGGCAUUCAAAGACAGAGAUCCUUCUUGUCUAUCGUAUAGUUCCGCUAUUUUACAUCUAAAGGGCUAUCUUGCGCUCGAGGCAUAUAGAGUUGCACAUAAGUUGUGGAAGCAAGGACGAAAACUAUUAGCAUCGGCAUUGCAAAGCCGAGUAAGCGAGGUUUUUGGAAUUGAUAUCCAUCCGGCUGCAAGAAUUGGGAAGGGAAUAUUGCUGGAUCAUGGAACUGGUGUGGUCAUAGGUGAGACUGCUGUGAUAGGCGACCGUGUCUCAAUUUUGCAUGGUGUGACAUUAGGAGGAACAGGGAAGGAAACUGGUGACCGCCAUCCAAAUAUUGGCGAUGGUGCUCUUCUUGGAGCAUGUGUAACUAUACUUGGUAACAUUAAGAUAGGCGCUGGAGCAAUGAUAGCUGCUGGUUCACUUGUGUUAAAGGAUGUUCCUUCUCAUAGCAUGGUGGCUGGAAAUCCGGCAAAACUGAUCGGCUUAAUCGAUGAGAAAGAUCCGUCAUUGACAAUGGAACAUGAUGCUACCAGAGAGUUCUUUCAAAAUGUAGCUGUUGCUUAUAGACAUACGAUACCAAAUGGAUCUUCAGUUUCAGGAGUUGCAGAGAGAGGAAACGUUAAAAAGAGAAUAUGAGAUCACCUGCAGAUUUAUCUAAUGGCGAUUUUAUCAUCACUUCAAACAAAUAACAAAGCUCUUUGUUUGUUACAACAGAUCUGCUUUUCCAAUUGAUGGAGAAAGAUUUUGAUACAUUGCUAAACAUUAUUUAUUCCGGAAAGGAAAGAAAACCAAAUCAUAAGCUUUCAAGCUUAUCACCAAA